AUGGAUGUUCAGUGGUGUCACCAGCUACUUCGUUCCUUUAACUGGCGGAUGUUAGCAAGAGCAUCCGGAAACAUCUACUGGCGAAUAUUCGUGGGCUUUCUCUUUGGCGAUACGCUUAUCAAAAACACACCGUUUGGUCUAGUAAUGGAUGCUACAGAGAAAGUCUCUGUUAAUCCCUAUGAUGGAAUCAUCGGACUGGGGCGUCGGUCGAUGUCUCCAGAACAAACACAACCUCUUCUCUAUGCAGUUCAUCAGCAAAUGCAAAUGCGUCGGAAGUUUGGCUUCCAAUUUCAAGAUCGCGGUGGUUCAUUUUGGAUGGGUGAAAAUGCGAAGCAAAUUUUUUCUAACGAUGUGACCUACGUAAACGUUAUUGAUGGUCCAUACUGGGAAACGCGCGUUAGUUGGAUAUACAUUUUCAAAACCGGAAUUUACGUGGAGAAUCAUAGAAUGAUUUUUGAUACUGGAACUCAUGAAAUACAUCUGCCCGCGUCUAUUCACAUGGCGAUAAACGAAGCACUUCAAAUCAGAAGACGAGUCGACCGAGUAUACUUGUUCGACUGUGCAAGGCUGCCAUUACUACCUCCAGUUACGUUCCAAAUAGAGGGAAAGAUGUUUCAAAUUAUGCCGAAACAAUACACAAGUCUGACUACCACCAACGGCGAAACUACAUGCAGAACCCUUUUCUACAAUACGUCUGACGACUGCCCUGUAGGACUUAUCAUGGGAAUGUCCUUUCUACAUUCGUUCCAACUGAUCUUUGACGACAACGCUGGUAAAUUUGGUGGUAUGCUUAUUGGAAACGUACCGUUCGGCUUGGUGAUGGCUGGUGAUGAAAACGUGUAUGAUAAUCCCUUUGACGGAAUUAUCGGAUUAGGGCGGCGGUCGGUGAUUCCAGAAAACACUCAUCCUCUUUUUCAUUCUUUGCAUCAACAAGGAUUGAUGAGUCGAAAAUUUGGCUUCUAUUUUCAGCAUGGCGGCGCCACAUUCGUGAUGGGCGACAAUCUCGAACAACUCAUUACUGAUCCUGUGACCUACAUAAAUGUCGCGGAGGGACCUUAUUGGGAAACGAGGGUUAACUGGAUAUUCAUUGAUGAUUCGGGAUUUUGCACGGAAGACCAUAGGAUGCUUUUGGAUACUGGCACAAACACAAUCGAUCUGCCUGGAGAUAUUCACAUGGCGAUCAACAAUGUUCUGGGUAUCUGGAGGACAAUGCACCACGUUUACGUGUUCGACUGUGAAAGGCUGCCUGACCUUCCUCCGAUUACAUUCCAAAUACAAGGGAAAAUGCUCCAAAUCAUGCCGAAACAGUACACAAAACAGGUAGAUAAUCUCUUUUACACAUGCGAUCAACUGAUUGUACAUUGA